AUGCUGCAAAACCCAGGAAGACCAGUUACAAUCUACGAAAUAGCAAGAUUUAUUGGUCAUGCUUAUCCCAGAUCUAUGACUCCACAAAAUAUAUCGACAGCUUUCGCAAAAUGUGGGAUUUUUCCCUAUAAUAAGGAUAUAUUCUCCGAUGAAGAUCUCAUGCCAAGUAGCGUGACAGAUCGCCCCGUAGUGUCACAAAAAUCCCCUGAUGCUGAAACUUCUGCAAAUCUAGACAAAAAUAAUCAGCAACCUCAUUCGACUCUUCUAGAGACGCGUCGUUCAAGUUUUUAUCGCGCUAUUACCCCUCAUCGAGAAAUUCCAUCUAUAUUAUCAGAAGAAAAUCACAGUUACUACCACAACGUGACACCAACAAAGCAACCAGAUGAAGAAUGCAAAGAUGAAAAUCAUAAAUCAAAAGAGCAUAUCAUCACUCCACUAAAGUUCCGUCCUCUGCUAAAAACAAAAGUUGUUCCAAUAAACGGAAAGGUAGAAAAUUGGGUAAAAGCAUGA